AUGCGGGCUUCGUUUUUGGCCCCAUCAUUUGCUUCGCUCCGCACAAAAUAAUAUUUACGCCCCUCAGCUUCUGCAAUCCCAUACUCUGGCGCUACAGUUCCAAACACUUUGCUGCCAGUUACUCGCAGCGCUGCGAAGAUAUUGGCUGGAAUACCGAGCCCGUUGUGUUCAUCUUCAUCCAGCAACAAACCGCCUGGCAGAGCGAUGCCUUCAGGGAAAAUCGUCCUGUCCAGCGUCAAAAAUUCACGCCCACUUUGCCCGUCACGCAUCACCAGCACAUCAACCGUCUUACGCACCAUGACGCCCUGA